CGCCGUCAGGACUCUUGAUCCUCCCGAGCGGUCCCCCUUUUUGCUAGCUCUGUCCAAUCGUCAGUAGCGAGACCACCACCGCGAAUGUCUUUAGCCCAACACAUCGCGUCCACAGAAGGAGCAGACCGUGAAUGGCUUGAACCGUUGAUCGAGUCCGAAGAUGUUCUUCGGCGGGUUUUAAGCUUUGAUCCCUUACCUCCCCGACUUGUUGAAGACCAAGCAGACCAUAUUCCGGCAUACAAGAUUUCAAAAGCAAGACGAACAGUCCAAGUAGCUAUUACCGUUCUUGUCUGUUGGCUCGCAUCCGGGAUUGUGUUUGGCUUUGCUGCUCUGAAGCCCAUCCUUAUCUCAGAAGGUGUUUAUCGAGAACAAUGUACCGGUGAAGAGCUGAAACUGGAUGUCGAAGUCUGCUUGGAACAAGACAUCAGACUGAACUUAUUUUUCACCCUAGCUUCCAUAACCACGAACAUCUCCGCCUUACCGGUGGGAGCAAUUCUCGACCGCUAUGGCCCUCGAAUCUGCGGAAUCUUAGGUAGCAUCUUCCUCGCUACCGGCAGCAUCCUCAUGUCUUAUGCCUUUGCAAUCCCUGAAUUCGAUGGCUACCUCAUUGGUAAUUUCUUCAUCGCUUUGGGAGGAACUUUCACAUUCGUCCCAUCUUUCCAGAUGGCCAAUGCAUUUCCGAAGUAUUCAGGCACCAUUGUAGCUCUCAUCACAGGAUCCUUCGACGCCUCAGCUGCCGUGUUCUUGUUUUAUCGAAUGGUAUACGAAGCAACAAACCACGUUUUUACUCCAGACAGAUUCUUCCUGUUCUAUACACUUGUCCCUGUUCUGAUUUUUAUCUCCCAACUCGCUAUACUCCCUUCUCAAAGCUACGACACUGUCCCGCUGUUAGACAAGAAGCUGGAAAGAGCGAAGGACCCAGCUCGGGAUGUCCACACAUCCGACGAUGCGCUCUCCAGCGAUAGUGAAGUUUCCCGCGUUCGACAACAACGCUCUAUCCGCCGCAAGAAGAAGCUCCGCAAACUGAACAAACUUCUUGGGGACGAGAGUGACCGACAAGAAAGAGCCGAGCUCGAGCUCGAGCGGCAAACAAAAAGCGCAGUAUGGGGUGCUCUUCACGGCCAGCCUGCCCGCAAACAAAUGCUUACCCCCUGGUUUACACUCAUCACACUCCUCACCGUCCUGCAAAUGCUGAGGAUGAAUUACUUCAUCGCUACCAUCCGAAGCCAGUAUGAGUACAUGCUCAGGUCUGAAGCUCUGGCAGCGAGGAUCAACCAUCUGUUUGACGUCGCACUUCCAGUUGGUGGAGUCAUAUGUACGCCGUUCAUUGGGCUGUUUCUGGAUAAUCUGAGCGUACCGAUGGCGCUGGCUGUUAUUGUGGCGCUCAGCACGUCCAUUGGGAUAUUGAAUUCUAUACCGGUUGUUUGGGCAGCGUAUUUGACAGUGUUUCUGUUCGUGUUAUUAAGGCCGCUUUAUUAUUCUGCUAUGUCCGAUUAUGCAACGAAGGUGUUUGGUUUUAAAACUUUUGGCAAGGUUUAUGGGGCUAUUAUCUGUCUCUCAGGCCUCGUCAAUCUGAGUCAGUACGGCGUCGACGCGCUCACUCUCGAGGCAUUCCAUGGCAAUCCUACGCCAGUGAAUGUCGUUCUUGCUGCUGCUGGGUUUGGGGUUGGGGCGGUGCUGGUUGUGUUCGUUUGGUAUCAAGGAAAAAUCGUUGGUGUUGGAGAGCCCGGUGGAUGUUUGGAUCCUGAACGGCAACCGUUGAUUCCCGUGGAGGAGAAUCAAUACAAUUUUCACAGUUCUUCACCCUAUCGACAAAAUAGCAACGGUUCCCAGCUGCGUCACUGAAUCACCAAAGCGGGAGGGGGAGGGGGGGGGGCCUUUAGAAAGGCAAAUCUUUAAUUUUGGAGAACUUGGCGAUUGAAAAGUGAAG